AUGGAUUUCUCUACUUCUACUUCGAGGGUCGAGGAUCCCAACUCAAAUUAUGUCUUGACAUCAUCGUGCUCUGGAUCUCGUACACUGAAUUGUGUCAGCCCUGAUUUCGUGUCUUUCCACAACUACUCAGGUCCAUCGGGUGACGGGUUCUUCCUGUCCACUACCAGCUAUCCUCCCACCAGUUAUGCCACCACCAGUUCUGGCCCAAUGUUUCCUGUGUCGAUGAUGCCCACUGUGAGCAAUCUCGACUCAGCACCAUAUGAUGACUUCCUGGCAAGCACCAAUGUGUCGAUGAGCACUUCCACGGAGCCGAACUAUGUACCAGUGCCAUACUCAGUACCAAGUACUUCUUCACAAGACAUGAUAAACUCUUUUGUGGACAUGUCCAUGUGCGGUCCUCCUAUGCUGGGCAAUCCGUAUGGACCAGAGGCGAAUACCUGGGCUUCAUCCGGACGCCCACCAUCUCCACCCCCUGAGGAGUUCAUCCAGGAGUUCCUCCCCUUCUAUGCCGUUCCACAGGAUAUUCAGGAUGAAAUUUGCCCCGGUGACCAGGACCUUGCUGAGUAUGAGCUCAAUGACAUUACAAACACGUCGUCGUACAGCAUGAACAGUCGACACAUCGCACAACCCCGACCAAUAAGAUCAGCAUCGGAGCGCAGUGAUCUACUGGACGACACUAUGAGAUCCAUGGAAAACAGGAAUCCCAAAGAUGAUCAAGUCGACAAAGUGAAAGUCCGGAACCAUCCCUUGUAUACUGCCAAAGCCCACGAGGACGGAAAGUUCCAUUGCCCCAUGAAGUCGAGCUCUGGAUGCAACCACGAACCAACCGGACAAAGAUGCAUUUACAACAAAUAUUUGGAUUCCCACCUGAGGCCAUACCGUUGCAAGUUCACCGAUGCCGAGUGUGAGGAAGCCAGGUUUUCUUCCAAUGCUUGCUUGUUCCGCCACGAGAGAGAAGCCCAUGGACUACACAAUCACGGAGUGAAUCCCUUUGUUUGCAGAUUCGAGGACUGUGACCGAGCCCGACCCGGAAAUGGAUUCCCACGAAGAUGGAAUCUUCGUGACCACAUGAAGCGAGUUCAUGAAUUUGAUGAGGCCAAGAAUGACCCACAUACUGACUCGACCGAGUCCAACAAACGAAAAAAGGGACACGGUGGUCUCACCGCUACUGCAAUGAGAAGGUCGACAUCAUCUGCGCAUGCCAAAGAAAAGGCAAUGGUAGGAGCUGCAAUCUCCAAAUCCAAGUUUCCAAUCCGGUAUACCCAGGCUGGAUAUGGUACACCUCGAAUGGUGACAAAUUCCAUGGAUUACGCCACUUCAAGAUAUCCGUCGUUGAACGAUGUUCAAUUCUCGCCGACGGCCGCUAUUCCAAGAACCACUGGACAUGCGUUUUCAACUCCAUAUUCUGCGGCAUAUCCAGGGUGA